AUGGCAAAAAAACCUGAUCCAGACCAAGUAGUGCAUGUGUACCUUAGGCAAUUAGGAGGCGAACCAGCGGCUUCUAGCGUUCUAGCUCCAAAACUCGGCCCUCUCGGCAUGUCGCCGAAAAAAAUCGGCGAUGAUAUCGUCAAAGAAACCAUGGCUUGGAAGGGGAUCAAAGUCACCGUCCAUUUGAUUGUUCAAAAUAGACAGGCCAAGAUUGAAAUCAAGCCAACGGCUACUGCACUAUUGAUCAGGGAAUUAGCGGAGCCACCCAGGGAUAGGAAAAAAGUCAAGAAUAUCAAACAUAGCGGCAAUUUGACUUUUGAUCAAAUUCUCAAUGUCUCUCGCACCAUGAGGCCUCACUCAAUGGCUAGGGAAUUCAAAGGCACAGUUAAAGAAAUUCUCGGAACUUGCAAUGCCAUAGGCUGUACUAUCGAUGGAAAGAAGCCCAGGUUGUUGCAGCAGCUUAUAGACUCGGGCGAAAUCGAGAUUCCGGCCAUGUGA